AUGGACACCGAAGAUGGCCAGCUCUUCAUAAGGUCGAUCAAGCCAGCAAAGCUUACACUAACACCCCAUCAUCUCUUCUACAUCCUCUCCCGCUUCGAGGAUCUGGGCAUCCCUGUCGGCCCUAUGAACGUGCGUUUAGAAAACAUUCACACCGAUGCCUCACCCACCAACUAUGUCUCCUUCCUUGGUAGCGCCCAGCGCAACAAGACAAAGUCUUCCGAUCGCGACUCCAUACAUUCAGUGUCCAGCGUUCGCAGCGUGAUGUCAGGCAUGUCCUCACUUUGGUCGACUUUCCGCAUCGGAUCCACCAGUGAAGCAAAAGCAGAAAAGCAAAAGGCCCAGCUCCAGGAAGACUUGAGAUAUCUGUAUUCUGCCUUUACCAAGAUCCCAUGCUUGAGGCUCUCUCCUGACCACAAAGCCCGUUUGAUUGCGGGAUAUGAAGAGUUUCCAUUCGACACUGCGGUUCCCCUAUUCGCUUUUAAGAAUGUCACAGCACUUGAGAUUCACGACGUAGACUUUCGACAGUUCUAUGGCUGGGACCGUCUGGCCGAGAACCUUCGCAGUCUGACUGUGAAGCGAGCAGGUGUUGAAGAUCCUGCUGACCUGCUCAUCAACAUCGUUUUGGAUGAUAUUGAUAAGCGUCGCAGACGUUCCGCCAAAACAAGCACGCCUUGGUCGACUGCAAGCCCACCCCCCAAGCAUGCUCAGCUCGCUCGAUCAGAGUCGCCGCCAACGUCGCCCACUGCCGCCGGCAAGCAGAGCACGAGCCCGAGGGGGGCGGCAGUAACCCGCGAGAACUCUACUAGGUCUGGCCAACGCCAGCGAAGUACAUCUCCAUCGCGCCCACCUAGCUCCCGCCAUGGCUCUUCGCAUGUCUACGGCAGGAGCACCGCGAGCGCCCCAAACAUUCGCCGAUCGUCUGGAAGCUCCAGCUCGAGCGUGCGCUCCACCACUCCACGAGGAAGCUCCUCAAACUUACUUUCUAUGGGCUGGUUCCCUGCCACCAAGUGGCGGUUCUUGAGACAUUUGAGCUUGGCUGACAAUGCUUUGACUACCAUUCCGGCUACCAGUCUCGUUCCCUUGACAAACACACUACAAUCGCUGGAUCUCUCGGCUAAUCUCUUUACUGAAAUACCGGAAAGUCUUGCUAGCCUUACCUGUCUCCGUGCAUUGAAUCUCUCCAACUGUAUGAUUGAUGGGCUGCACUCAUUGGGACGCAACCCUCUCCCGGCCAUUACAACUCUCAAUCUCCGAUCCAACCGCCUUACAUCGUUGGCUGGUAUUGAGCGCCUUCUGUCUCUCGAGCGCGUGGACUUUAGAGACAAUCGAUUGACUGAUCCUACCGAAGUGGCGCGCCUCACUGGCGUACCCGACAUAACGGAUAUAUACGUUAGCCGUAAUCCUUUCUGCAAAACGCACGUCAACUACAGAGUUACCAUUUUUAAUCUAUUCCGCAAGACCCCCGGCUACACCGAAGACAUUGUUAUUGACACCACAGGGCCGAACACGGCUGAGAAGAAGCAACUCGUUGACCGGGCGCCCGAGUUGAAGGGAGUCCCCGUUGUGAAGCCCCCACCUGAGGAUGACUUGCAGCCUAUGCCAUAUGUACCUCCCAAAGUGGUGAAAGCUGUGGACACACCAUCUGAAUCGCCUGGAUUGCUCAAACGCGCCGGGUCACUACAGCGCACCAAGAGUGGAGCAAGGAGUGGGCAAGAGUCCCAAAAGAAGAAGAAGGGCCCCAAGAGACGAAUUGUCGAACUUUCGCAGAAUGAAGCGAUGCAGCAAUCCUCCCAGUCGAGUCUGACAAGUCUUGCUUAUGAAGAUACUGCCAUUGGACAGGCUCCUAAACUUACCAAGCCGGUCGGCGUGGCUGCAGAAGCACCUCGGCUCGAGGAGUCGUCCAAGGGCAAGGGUGUUGGCGAUGCAGGCAAGAAGACUACCCCAGACGGGCGGGCGGUUGCCGAUGAAACGCACACAAGUCAUCAGCAACUACCUCCGAUUGACACGACGACGGCGUCGAAGAAGCGAGCAGAGCCACAAUCUGCAGACGACUUUGAGGUUGGCGAAGAGGAGCUGUACAAGAAGAAGAUUGAGGCCCUUCGGCAGGAUUUUGGCAACACGUGGCUGAGUGCGCUGGGGGACGAAGGGUGGGACUCGACAUCUGUGACGAGCUUCCCGUCUGACCGAGGUUAUAACUCUCCGACGAUGCAACCUACGCUGCCUCGCACCCCAAGCCAGAGUAUUGUGUCUGGGCGUACGCUUGGCUAAACGGCUAGACGAUUAGCAGGAGAGACAUGGGCGGGCGAGGGGCGAAGCGCCUUGCAGCAAUUUUCGAUUGCCAACGCCUAUGUGAUUUCGACACUUUUGCGAUACCCAAAAGAUUUUUUCCAAAUUCGAUUCGU